AUGACUCAGACUCCGGAUUCUAUCUCUGUGUCCCCGGGACAGACAAUCACCAUCACAUGUACAUCCAGUACUGGUAUUUAUAACAACCUACACUGCUUAGCCUGGUACCAACAGAAGUCCCAACAACCUCCAAAGCUUCUUAUAUAUUGUACAAGCGCUCGUCCAUCUGGGAUCCCGGGCAGGUUUAGUGGUUCCGGAUAUGGAAAUGUAUAUAAACUAACCAUCACUGGAGGGACUGAAGAUGAUGAAGGAAACUAUUACUGUCAGCAGUAUAGCAGCUUCCCUCUCACACAGUGA